AUGGCCCAGCGAAGCCCAAUCUUCCCAACUCUUGCCCCUUCUGAAAGACGGGUUCGAAACAUAGCGCUGCAUAGCCAGGCGUUGACAGCGGUCCCGUUGGCAUCUGCAAGCCUGGUGGAUCAGCUGGAAGACAGAAUCCUAAGCCAUGAGAAAACAACGGCGGCUCUUGUGGAACACGCUUUUCGCAUUAAGGAGGACAUUGUUUCCACUCUGCACAGAAUGCAGAACAAAGGGGGGGGUGACCGGUUGGCUAGGCAACUCUUGGAAGAACAUAUCCGAAACAUAACGGCAAUAGUGAGGCAGCUUAAUCGGGACAUUGAGAUGCUGCAGGAACAGAUACGUGUCAGAGACAAUCUCAGCUACGGAACGAAUUCUACCCUAAAGAGUCUGGAAAUGCGGCAGCUUUCUGGCUUAGGAGAUCUUCGGGGAAGAGUUGCAAGGUGUGAUGCUGGGUUAGCCAGACUGUCUGCAGAGCAUAAAAUUACAUAUGAAAGACUUCAGAGCCUAAGUAAAGAUCAACAUACCUCGAAGCUGAUCUUAGAAUCUAAAAUCAAAGAGGCAGAAAUACAGAUUUCUCAUCUUCUGAGCAGAGUAGAGCAAUCAAUAAUGCAACAAGAAGCAAAGCUGAAAAUUGCCUACAAAGAGAGCAACCAACAGCUCCACCUUCUGGAUACGAAAUUAAAAAAUGCUAUUGAGGAACUCAGCAGCCAGAUUUUGUCUGCACGUAGCUGGUUGGAACAGGAACAUGAAAGGAUUGAAAAAGAGCUUGUGCAAAAAAUUGACCAACUUUCAUUGACUUUUAAGGAAAACACUGAAAUGAAUGAAAGAGCUAUAGAGAUGAAGUUCAACCAAAUGGCAGAGAAAAUUGACAAAAUAGAAGAAAUACAGAAGAUAACCAUGGAAGCACAUGAAGCAAAACAGACUGAAGAAAAGAUAAAUAUUCGCAUUGGCAAACUUCAAAAUGAGAUUAAUGAAGAUAUAAAAGAAAUGAAAGCUGAAGUUAAUGCUGGAUUUGCAGCUAUCUAUGAGAGCAUUGGGUCUCUACGGCAAGUUCUAGAAGCAAAAAUGAAGCUGGACAGAGAUGAACUACAGAAGCAGAUCCACCAAAUGAAGCAGGAGGUUCCAACAUGGGGAGAGGCUGGACCAUGA